CUGACGUAAUUAACGAUGCACAUACAGGUGAUCAACUGCUAUUACGAGACCUGGUCGCUAGGACCCUUGUUCUGUGAAUUGUACGGCUUGGCGGGCUCCCUGUUCGGGUGUGGCUCCAUAUGGACGAUGACGAUGAUCGCAUUCGACAGGUACAACGUAAUCGUUAAAGGCUUAUCUGCUAAGCCAAUGACCAUUAACGGCUCCCUCCUUCGCAUAUUCGGCAUCUGGGCUUCCUCGUUGUUUUGGACAAUCGUCCCGCUGUUCGGAUGGAACCGCUACGUACCCGAGGGCAACAUGACUGCCUGCGGUACCGACUACCUGUCCAAGGACAUGAUUUCCAGAUCGUACAUCCUGGCCUACGGCAUUUUCGUCUAUUUCUUGCCGUUGGGUCUCAUCAUCUACAGCUACUUCUUCAUCAUUCAGGCGGUCGCCGCUCACGAGAAGAACAUGCGUGAGCAAGCGAAGAAGAUGAACGUGGCAUCUCUGCGGUCGACCGAGAACCAGAGUACCAGCGCCGAGUGCAAACUGGCUAAAGUAGCUCUCAUGACCAUCUCCCUGUGGUUCAUGGCAUGGACCCCGUACCUG